AUGAUUACUCAUGCAAAGGACAUGAAUGUUACCUUUGACAAAUUAUUUAAUUUAGCACCAUUACCUGAAGAAACAUCAAAAGUUUCAGACUUGAAUAAAACAGACUUUAAGUUAAAAAAGAAAACUAGUUUUAAUGACUUUAAUAAUAAUAAUGAUGAUGUUGAUGGUUACCAAUCUAAAAAAAGGUCAAUGUCUACAGCAAGUGAGUCACGCGGAAUGACAAGAUAUGCAAGUAUAGGUUCAACUAAACAGAAGAAAGAUUCUUACUUGGCACCAUCAGAAUCUUAUGUGAUGCUAUCACGAUCACAUGAGAAUGGAUUAUCAUCUGAUAGUGGCGAUAUAAGUAACAGCAUUAUUAUCAAUGAUGAUAGACAGCAACGGGCCAGUAUUAGUUAUCGAUUGAAAGUAACGAAUCGUCUUUUUGAUUUGAUGAAUUCGAGAUCAGAGUUGUCUCAUCCAAUGUGCCAAGAAUGUACCGAGAUGUUAUUGGAUAGUUUGAGUAAACAGUUAACAGACACUUCAAAAGAACGUGAUUGUUAUAAAGAUUUUUUAAAGAAAAUGAAUGGAAAAUUGGCAGCAACUGAUAUGUUGAAAGAUAUUGAACAUGAGAGAGAAGUAUUGAAAAAAGAAUUAGAAAAAUUAGAGGCAGAAACAAGUCAACUUGAUGAGCUCGAAGAAAAUUAUUGGAAAGAAUUUAAUAAUUUUCAUAUUCAAUUACAAUCUUUUCAAAAUGAUAGGGAUAGUAUAAAUUUAAAAUAUGACCAUGAUACAAAAUUAUUAGAAAAAUUACAUAGAACCAAUGUCUAUAAUGACACUUUUUGUAUUGGUCAUGAUGGAUAUUUUGGAACUAUAAAUGGAUUUCGACUUGGACGUUUACCCAAAAUUCCGGUGGAGUGGAAUGAAAUCAAUGCUGCAUGGGGACAAACUGCAUUAUUGCUAUCAAUAAUUGCAAAACGGCUUAAAUUUACAUUUCAAAAGUAUGGUACAGGUGAUAUUGCAAUAGGAAGAUUAUUUCAGAAUCGUCGUUUUGAUAGUGCAAUGGUAGGAUUUUUGAAUUGCCUACAGCAAUUAGGAGAAUAUGUGGAAAGUGAAGAUCCCAAAUUAAAUUUACCAUACCGAAUUAACAAAGAUAAAAUCAACGAUGCAUCGAUACGACUACAAUUCAGUGUGGAAGAAUGGACAAGAGCAUUAAAAUAUACUUUGGCAUAUCUUAAAUGGAUUUUAGCAUAUGCAUCAUCAAUUAAAAAUGGAUCUGGCAAAAAUUAA